AUGCCGCUGUUCCCGGUGUCCCCGCUGCUCCCGCUAUUCCCGCUAUCCCCGCUGCUGCCAUUCCCGCUAUUCCCGCUGUUCCCGGUGUCCCCGCUAUCCCCGCUGUUCCCGCUAUUCCCGGUGAUCCCGCUGUUCCCGCGCUCCCCGUUCCGGUGUCCCCGGUUCCUGCCCGAGCCCCUCCCGGUGCUCCCGUUCCGCGCGGGUCCCCGGGAGCUGUGCCCGGUGUGCCCGCGGUGCCCUCUGCCCGCCCUUCGCGCUGCUCCCGGUGUGGUGUCGCUGUCGUCGUUCCCGGGCCGCUCCCGCUCCCGCCGGGCCCUGGCCGUGCUGGGGGCCGUGGCCGGGGGGGGGUCGCUGGCGGUGGCGCUGUCCCUGUCCCUCGGGGGGGGCCCCCUGAGCGCGGGGGAGCUGGAGCUGCACCCCCCGAGCCUGCCCUGGAGCCACGGCGGCUACCUGGCGGCGCUGGACCACGCCAGUGUCCAUAGGGGGUUCCAGGUCAUUUUGGGGGUCUGUAACCCCUCUGCCUGUCACUCCAUGGAGUUCCUGGCCUUCCGGAACCUCAUCGGCGUCACCCACACCGAGGCCGAGGCCAAGGCGCUGGCAGAGGAGGUGGAGGUGCAGGACAGUCCUGAUGAGAGCAGGGAGAUGUUCAUGGGGACCCUGCUGUCCCUGUGUCUCACCUGUAUGUCACCUGUGUCUCACCUGUCUGUAUCUCACCUGUCACAGGUGGAGUGCAGGACG